AGAAGGUUAUAAUAAUAUAGGCAAGUGUUCUCUCCACCAACAGAGAGAGCUCUGGUAAUAUGAAUAGAAGAUAAGUAAUGGGGAUGUGGGAUUGACUAUCUCUACGCCCACUUGUACUGUACAAACAAAUACACACAAUCGGAGAGCUGGCAAUCUCAGAGUCAGAACAUUCUCUGAUCUGCUGUCCGCUGAAUCUUACAACAGCUAGGAUGAACCACACACUCCUCACUGACAAGUACUCCACAGCCCUCCAUUUCCAGAAACUUAUGAUGAAUAAAUGUCGACAUGUACCUGAUAUUACACCCUUCCUGGGAACAUCUUACAGCUUGGUGAUAGUCCUGGGCUUGCUGGGGAAUAGCGCCUUGAUAUAUGUACUCUUUCGAAGAAAAGAGAAGGGCAAUGUGACUAACAUUCUUAUUGCCAAUCUAGCCUUCUCUGACAUCCUAGUAGGAAUCUUCUGCUUACCCUUCACGGUUGUCUACACCAUAAUGGAUUACUGGAUGUUUGGUCGGUGCUUAUGCAAGAUCACCAAUUUUGUCAUGUGCGCAUCUGUUACAGUAUCAGUCAUGAUCCUAGCCCUCAUUGCUUUGGAAAGACAUCAACUUAUCCUACACCCAACUGGGUGGAAACCUAGUGUCCUCCAAGCUUACAUAGCUAUAUUACUUGUUUGGGUUAUGGCUUCUCUUCUGGCUGUGCCAUUGAUCAAUGCUGUAGAUUUGACAGAUGGCAUUCACAAAAAUAUUUCAAAUGUUUUUCACUCACUUGCAGACAAGCCUGUUUGCUUGGAGAAAUGGACCUCUGUUCAGGAGAGGAGAGCAUACACUGUGACAAUUUUGCUCUUGCAAUACGUCGUGCCACUUUGCUUUAUACUAUGUUGCUACUUCCGGAUAUCUGUGUAUUUACGCCAUAGGGAAGGUCUGUUAGGAAGGAGCUAUAGCCACAUGAGAAGAAUCAACAUUAUGUUAGGCUCCAUGCUUGGAGCAUUUGCCAUUUGCUAUUUGCCACUUCAAAUUUUUAAUAUUAUUGUGGAAUGGGACCACCAACUGAUUUCAGUGUGCUACCACAAUCUUAUCUUCUCCUUGUGUCAUUUGUUAGCCAUGAUUUCAACUUGCAUCAAUCCUGUCAUCUAUGGUCUCCUUAAUAGUAAUGUAAAGCAAGAAGUAAAGUUAUUGGUUGAGAGGUGUGUAGGGCGGACGCAGAGGAGGCCUAAAACCCAAGAAGAACCAGAAAAGCACCCUCUCGCCAUCAAGUCUGGUUCAACUUUGCCUGGUUCACCAAGUUCAGAUCAUGGACAAGAAAUGUGUUGAAAGGCAGCAUGUCAGCAGUUAAAUUCAAUGCAAGAAAAGUACACAGAUACGAAAGGCACAAAGCAUCAUGAGAUAUACAUUACAUGUACCUAUACAUUUGGUAUGCACUUGGUGGACCUGUAACAAUUGAAAUACUAUUGCUCACAUGUAUGACAAUACCAAAGGCAUGUUGUGGUGUUUAAUACCAAUGGCUUGUUUAUGUACAUAAAUCCUGGAAAUCAUUAUAAAUUCACGAAGCAGAAGCAGAACUCAAUAGGGUGACCAACUUAAGACUGAUGGAAUAAUAAUAACUGAAUCAGGAAAAUCUCUAAACUGGCUACUUAUAAUUCUCCUUGAAGAUCUGCAGAAAAUCACCCAGUUCUCAAAUCCAGACAGUCAUGAUUUAUGUACUAUACAAUUUGCCAUGGACCAGACAAAUAUGCAUGCAUAUAUUCAGGAGAGUUAAAGUAAAUUCACUGAUUACCCUGCAUUUUCAGUUUUCUCAUGAUAUUUAUACUGGUAAUUCCCAUCAGCUUUUAAAAACUAGGUGGGG